UAAACUUGAAGCCUGUGUUUAUUAAAAAAAAACGUAAUCAUUUUGUUGAGUGCAUGUAGUACACGUGUACAUAAACAUGGUGUGGUAGCAGUAACAUAGUAAAAGCAUGCAAACAAUUAAAUCAUAACUGACAUUUUUAAGUUAUUUUUAUUGAAAGAUACAAGUCGCGAAGUAAGUAAGCAAGUUAAAUUUACUGCGUUGAUCUGUUAAACUGAUGAUGUAUUUGUAUCACAAACUGGGGUAUAUGAUUUCCCUUUGGUCAUCAAUUAAAAAUAAAACAAAUAAAACAUGGGGAAUAAAUCAUGCUUAAACACAGAAAAUGGACAGCUGAUGCCCUUGAAGUCCGGUUUAAGUUAAAUUUGUUCUACAAAGAUUUUUGUGCAGCCUCUCCGCAAAUGAGAAAGGUUGGUGAACCUGACUUUCAGUUUACCCUCCGCAUCAUCUUCUGCUCCUCUCUCCUCCCUCUCCCUCUCAGCUCUGGCUGCGCGCUGUUUUCGGGGGGCUCCUUAUAAAUAAAAUCCACCGUGCCCGGUUCCUCUUCCUUAUUGGUCAGGUGGAGUCGUUACCUCACUCCGGGGCCAGUGACGCUGCGUCUUCACGUAUCCUUCAUGUGCGUCUCUUCUUGUUUCUUAUUCUUGCAGUCGGUCAGAGGGAGAAAGCGGUAUUCGAGUCGAGCCGAGAGUGCCGGACGGACCGGGUGCGCUCGAUGCUAAACACUUCCCAUCCCGGGAGGAGAGCGGCGCACAAGAGCAGUCUCUCUCUCUCUCUUUCUCGCUCAAUCUCUCUCUCACACACACACACUUUCUCUAAGAGUCUCUCUCUCUCGCUCGCUCCCUCCCGCACACACACUCACGCCCGCGUGCACGCACGCUCUGCAUACGUCUCCACUUUGCCGUAGUAAAUUACGGCAUUGAUCUUAACGGCGAGUGCGGAUCUGUCUCUUGUGUUCGCCCUUUCUUCGACGGACCGACUUGGAGAAAAGCUCGACAGAGAAGUAACUCCUCUCAUCCUGCGUGUCUGUGAGGACCCCUGGUCAUGUCCGUUUAGCCCCCCUGCGUGAUGCCUGAUCAUGACAGCACCACCCUCCUAACCAGACAGACCAAGCGCCGACGUGUCGACAUUGGGGUGAAAAGGACUGUGUGUAGCGCGAUAUUCACCCGCGCCAGGGAGACCCUGCUCGACAGCAUGAACCAAUCGCACGGCAUUGAUCAGGACGGAGACUGCUCGUUGGUCAGUCAUGGCCAUGGGGGUACAGACGGAGAGAAGUCGAAUGUUUUGAGGAAGUUGCUGAAGAGGGCCAACUCAUACGAAGACACCAUAAUGCCUUUCCCUGGCGCUACUAUCAUCUCUCAGCUACUGAAAAAUAACAUGGGAAAGAAUGGAGGGAGUGACUCUGGCUUCCAGGUAUACACAAACAUACACUUACAGGGCAGUGGAGCUCUGUCCAGUGGAGGCUCAGAGAUCCAGGCCGAGGAUGCCUGCAGCAACUCCUCCCGUGACCGGGACAGCCCCUCUGAUUGCCUCUCUCCUGGGCCUCCUCUUCCCCCUCCACCUUCCUCAUCUUCUUUCGGGCGGCCACCACCUCCUUCGAGCCAUAACUCCCAUGCUCCCUCUCAGCCCCUCUCCCUCUCCUCCUUCGACUUGGACAGGCUGUCGGACGAGCACCUUCGUGCCAAGCGUGCCCGUGUGGAAAACAUCAUCCGCGGCAUGAGUCACUCGCCACUGGUCCGGCCCAACGGCGGUGACCACAACCAAGAAAGCAACCGCGAGAACGAGAACAGCAGCAACAACAGCAACAGCAGUAAUGACCACAGAGGAGACGGCAGCAGCCACAACAUCAGCAGUCAUGACCACAGGCGGAGUGAAGGCCCUUCUUCUCUCCUGAGCUCUCCAGGUUCGCGGGGCGGUGUGGUUGGCGUUGGUGAGGUUUACAGGGAGAAUAAGAGAAAGCAGCGCCUGCCACAGCAGCAACAUAGCUUCACCCAGCUGGUGUGUUCCAGGCAGGAACAAAGACAGGAAGAGAGACGGCAGCUCAAACUGCAACUGGAGGACAUGCAGAAACAGCUGCGUCAACUUCAGGAAAAGUUCUACCAGAUCUACGACUCAGAGACAGAGGAAGAGGAAGAGAACGGCGAGAGCGGAGAGGCUGACCGAGGUAGAGAAAGAGAGGAGGACGGCAACUUGUCAGAGGACAGUAUCCGUUCUGAUGGCCUGGAAGAGAGGCAUAGAGACAGAGGGCGGCAUAGCCAUGACGACCUGUCUGAGCUGGACCCAGGCCUGUUUCUGGACCGGGCCCGAGCCCUCCUCCGAGAACAGGCCCUGAUAGAUGGAGAAAUGGAGGAGGAUGUGGACGGCAGGGAGGAGGAGGAGAGAAAUGGAGAAAGGGUGAUAAAGAGGAGAGGAGGAGCAGCAGGAGGAGGGGUAGGAGGAGGAAGGCAGUUAGCAGAGACGCUGAAGCAGGAGCUGAACUGUGCCGUGUCGCAGGUCGUCGAUACUGUCGUCAAGGGCUUCUCCUCGCCCAAGCAGGCUGUCAGUCAUCAUCAUAGCUGCCACAGCAGCACACCAGCUGCACCCUCAUCUUCCUCCAACUCUUCCUCGUCCUGUCCUCCACCUUUCGGCCCCCUCCCCUCCCUCACCCCGGACUCACGCUUUGGUGGGGGCGCUUUGGCAAUCAGCCUGAAUGGCGACGGCAGUCCCACAUCUAACUACCACUCCUCCAACCAGAGGCUGCACUGCUUUGGCGAUGUAAUCGUCCCGAGCCCGCUGGAUUCCUUUGCUGGUUUGAGUGGCAGACUGAGCGGUGUGCCAACACCCAACGACCAAACAGAGGCACUACCGCUGGUGGUGCGCAAGAGCAGCGGAGGAGGUGGAGGAGAGAACACCAACCUCUCUUCCUCUCUUCCUCCUCCUCCUCCUCCUCACCAUCCCUCCCUCCACCCUUCUCCCCUCACAGCCUCACUCGGGUUUAGCCCUCCAUCGUUUCGCCACCCGUUUCCUCUUCCUCUUAUGGGUUACCCCUUUCAGAACCCCCUGGGGUCACACGGAGUUGGAGCCGGCUACCCUCCAGGGCCCAAGGACCAUCAUCGGUCCUCCCCCAAUUCCAUGGACAUGACCCGGGAAACUGUCAGCCUCAGAACCAAAAUGGCAUCCCUUGGAGGGGGCCAUCUCAGUCACCACCACCACCACAGGCAGAGCUCACCGAGCCAACAUGGGCCAGAGGGUCUGUCCCUGUCCCUCAUCAAGUCUGAGUGUGGGGACCUGCAAGACAUGUCUGACAUAUCUCCCUACUCGGGCAGCACCAUUCAGGAGGGCUUGUCUCCCAACCACCUGAAGAAGGCCAAGCUGAUGUUCUUCUACACUCGCUACCCUUCCUCCAACAUGCUCAAAAUGUUCUUCUCUGAUGUCAAGUUCAAUCGCUGCAUCACCUCCCAGCUGAUCAAGUGGUUCAGCAACUUCAGGGAGUUCUACUACAUCCAGAUGGAGAAGUUUGCCCGGCAGUCAAUCAACGAGGGUGUGACCGCUGCAGACGAGCUGGUGGUGGGCCGCGAUGCCGAGCUCUUCAGGGCGCUCAACAUGCACUACAACAAAGCCAAUGACUUUGAGGUUCCUGAACGAUUUCUGGAGGUGGCCCAGGUGACUCUUCGCGAGUUCUUCAAUGCCAUAGUGGCUGGAAAGGAUGCAGACCCAUCCUGGAAGAAGGCCAUCUACAAGGUGAUCUGCAAAUUGGACAGCGAGGUUCCUGAGGUCUUCAAAUCCCCCAACUGUCUACAAGAACUCCUCCACGACUGACUAGGACGAGAGAGUAAACACGGCAAGCAAGACAAACCUCCAAGGACCGUGAGAAGUCUAUAAAACUCCUCCAAACAUGUAGAAUUAGGCUAGGCAGAGGUCUUCAGAGAAAUGCGUUUGAAGGCCUUUGACGAUCACAAUGCGAUGCAGAGACUUGAAGUGAUUCUACUUGAAAGCUUCCAGAGAGGUUUGUUGGUGGUUGCUUUUGCUCAGCCCAUCUUUUAAAGACAAAACUGCCCUCAAAAUGUUUUAUAAAGAAAAAAAAAAAUUCCUCUUCAACGAGGUAGAGGGCUUGGACUCAUGAGUCAGACGAUACUCAAAUUAACAAAUUAUGUUGAGACUUUUAUAAAUUAAAAGCAAAACAGUGAAAAUUGAACCUCCUUGCACUUACAGAAAAGCUCCUCCUUGCCGAAAAACCCUGCCUCCUUUUUCUCUUCCACCUCGUCCAAGCUCACUCUUCAUCAUUCUCUGGAGGAACAAAGGGAUAUGGAAGAUUAUGGAUCAAUCUUCAGCCCAUGACUUGGGGUCUGGAGCGAACUUAAAAUAAAGAAGAUAAUAUAUAAAAAUCUUUUUAUUGUGGAUGUUUUUAAGUUACAUGGACAUUUUUGGAAAAAAAAGUGAUGUUUCUGUAUUUUUUCUCCUUUGUAUAAGCUUAAAGCCUCUCUUCUAUGAACCCUCAGUCACUCACAUAGAUACACAUACACACACACCAAAAAAAAACAAAAAAAAAAAACAACAAAGACACACACCUCUUAAAUAGGAAAGCACAGUAGCAUUCCCAAAUCCUCACCUGAACCCAGACAAACUGGGCAUAAACAAACUUAGUUGUUGUUUAUUUCCCUUCUUUUUUUCCUCCUCUUUUUACUUCUCCCUCUUACUGUACUGAUACGUACUGGGUGUUUUUUUGACUGUGUGGCUCUCCCUGCCCCACCCUUCCCUGGCCGUCCCUCUUGGCUCAUGUUGCAUUUAGGCACCCAGAGCAUCAAAGACAAAAAUUAGAUCUAUAUACUACCAGUCCCAUUUUUACAAUAUUAGAAAAAGAGUUAGUCCAAACCUGAGACAAACGGUAUGGAAAGUUUAUUUUAAGCCGUCAUGAAUCAGAAUCAUGAUUUUUUUCUUCUUUUAUUUUUUGUUUUUACAUAAACACAUAACAUGGACAUUUUUGAUAAGGAAGCCUUACAUACACAAGAUCUGUGACAAAGUUAUGUACUGAGCAGGAAAUUUUAUAGUUAAAAAACAGACUUCAGUGUCAGUGCUUUCUGGUGGUCAAACUGUGUAAUGUUUGUCCAGUGUUUCUUAAUUAACAUGUUUUUAGCAUUUCUGUAGUGCAAUUUCUGGCAGAGAAAUACACCAGUAUCUUUAUAUCUGUGAUAAGCUAAUAUCGGGUUCAACUACUGUUGGUUUACUUAUAAUAUUUUCAAAAUAUAGUACUGAUGCUAUAAAGUGAAUUUAAUAUAUGUAAGUCAUUGCUGUAAUUUUGUAAUGAUUACCAGGACCCAAACUGUUUCAUUCCAGUUUCAUGUGGUUUGUAGAUCACUCUAUAAGCAUCAUUCCCACAUGAAACAAACACAAGAAUCAUUCUUCAUGGUGCUCUGGGACAGGCUAACCUUUGGCGAUACACACUUUACAGUGCAUCUUUUAAAAGUACUGAUUGGACUCAAACACUUUCACAGAGGAUUUUAUAAACAGUGACGACUGACUGUGGUACAAUCAGCCGUUAGAGCUAAUACCUCCUACAUUCAGAGAUGUCAAAAUGUACAUUUUUAACCCCCUUUAAUGCUUAAAACCAUGAAACUCGAAGUCAGCACAAGUAAGCAGACCACCACUGGAAAAACAGAUUUUUCUCUAUGCUCUGGGUGACCAAAAGGGGCAGCUGCACCGGCCGGGUCAUGUGUGAAGUGUUUAAGGUUUUAACAGCAGAAAAAAGAAACAUACGACAAAAUGCUGAUACUUGUAGCUUGUAUAGAUGUAAUAAUUACUCUGAUCACUCUGAUAUUGGUAUUAUUUAUAAUUGAAAUAAUUAUUCCUAUUAAUGUUAUUCUGAUGAUGAUUAUUAAUGCUUGCUACAGAUUUGACCAGUGGUUUACUCAUUGUUUAUCCAUCAUACUGCAACAUGAAAUAAAUUAUUCUUUGAAAAAAAAAAA